GCGUUCGGGUUGGCCGUGUAGUACACAAACGGUUUGGUGCUGGUUGGACGUUGACGCGAGACCGAACUUGCACGUUGAAAGUUUCACCAUCUUCCGUAGGCCUUGACGUAGCGACGUGCCGUUUAGCAGUAGCAAGCAUAUUUCUCUCCACCGCCUUGGUCAGCUGGUGCAGAAAGUUCGUAGGAUAAAGUUAUCCUACCACACGAAUACAAUACGCACGGUUCGACGCUUGUUGCACGCGGUUACUAAGUACAGUGUGUGAAUUUCCAGUGGCUCAGUUGAUUACCCACCCUUGGGCAGCUCCAGUGUACUAAAGGUUCUAAAGGGAAGGAUCUGUAAUAUCGGUUAGCGUAGCGUUUCGUCCUAUCGAAUCGAUGGCAUCGAGUCCGCGAGCCGGUGGCGCAGCGCAGCGCCCAAACGGUGCCACACAGAAUAAAAUCUGUCAGUUCAAGCUCGUCCUGCUGGGCGAAUCAGCGGUCGGCAAAUCAUCGCUGGUGUUACGCUUCGUCAAGGGCCAAUUCCACGAAUACCAGGAAAGUACGAUCGGUGCCGCUUUCCUCACACAAACCCUCUGCAUCGAUGAUACGACAGUGAAGUUCGAGAUUUGGGACACUGCUGGACAGGAAAGGUAUCACAGUUUGGCGCCCAUGUACUACCGAGGUGCACAGGCCGCGAUCGUGGUGUACGAUAUUCAAAACAGUGAUAGCUUUGCGAGGGCCAAAACGUGGGUCAAGGAGCUUCAAAGACAGGCAUCGCCAAACAUUGUGAUUGCAUUAGCCGGUAACAAGGCCGAUCUGGCGAACAGUCGUGUAGUAGACUACGAGGAAGCCAAGCAAUACGCGGACGACAAUGGGCUACUAUUUAUGGAAACAUCCGCCAAGACGGCCGUCAAUGUGAAUGAUAUAUUCCUUGCAAUAGCUAAAAAGUUACCCAAGAACGAGGGUGCCGGACCGCAGCAAAACAUUAGACCAACGCAAAACGAAACCAAUAGGCAGAACAGCGGCUGCUGUGCUGUGAGCAAGUGAUGUUAUUCAGCAGCAAAUGGACUGUUGAAGAAUGCGUGUGAAAACUGCUGCAUGAAAAAUUGUAUAAUGGUAAUUAUCGUUAUGUUGAAGCCGGUGGUGAAGAUAAUGCCGGCCGGUAUGAUAAAGCUGAUGAGCAAAUUGAUAGGAAGUAAGACCGAUUCCAAACUAGUUAUGGCAUACCAGAAAACAGUAAAGCAUUAUAUUUAAAGGAAGAAAAAAAACACACACACAUACACACAACAAAACAAAACAAAAAAAUGUAGAAACGACAAAAAGGACAAAAAAAUCAAACAAAAAAAAAAACCAACACACACAGAAGAUCAUCUGCAGAAACGAACAAAACUCACACAUGAAAGCAUUGUGGCUGAUGGAGCAGUUAAGGUAAACAAAUGUGGAAGGAUAAAUUAUGAUGUGCUGCAGGAUCAGAUUGAUUGAGAUUGUUGGAGAGAUUGUGCAGAAUGAGCGGGGGUUCCUGGCACCGGUCGGUUUAGUUUAAUUGGGAUGUGUAGAAAGCAGAUAUUUUAUUUGAGUCUACGCGGUGAAAUGAUAAUAUAAUAGUAAUAUUAAUAUUCACUCUAUACUACUAGCAACGAGCCGCCACCCCCCAAAAUAAAGCAUACCAUCAUAUGUAACACGCGGCACUCAUGCCAAGCCUAUCAACCUAAACCUAAAACGGAUAAACCAAACAACUGGCAACACAGAUCGCAGUAAAGUACCAAGUACGCUUGGCGGAGAAUAAUUGUGAACUCAACUCACCAUUGACGAACAAACAAAGAAAAGAAGACAAACAAAAAUAUAACGAAUGCAACAUCACGCUCCGGAUGAUCAGAAUCGUGCAACUGCUGACGAGCGAUAUCUAAUACCUUUGUGCACUUCAAUUUCCUAUUUCAUAACAUUGGUUCAUGUGACAAAUUCUUUCGAUAGACGACACAAAAAAAAAACAAUACUGUUCACUAGCUGCCUAGUGCUAUUUAUUUUAUGAAUUCUGUUGCAUUUGUGAUCCAACUCUUUACUAGAUGUGAUCCGUUUUGUCUUAUUUUGUCUCGUGUACGCGUGCCACCAAGAAGUAUUUAGUCGUACGUAUCAACUAACGCGAGCUGUUUGCAAAUGGAACAUGAAACAUGUCUUACCACGUUCGGUAUUCACUUGUUUUGUCAAUCGUUUGUUAAACUAACGAUCGUUUGCUUGAUUACUGGUGUUUUGCAUAUGAAUGUAUUUCAUUUUGCAAAAUUUGAAAUAAAAUUGAUCGUUACGAUCCAAUGCCUCGUAUGUUCGGGUGCGGCCUCCACGAUCGAACUCGAUCAAUUCCAUUUCGGCAAACAAUUUGUAAGGUGAUGGAAACGGAUUGGAUGAGCGGUAUGGUUGCUAAUACAUAGGAAAGAAAAGCUAUCAAACAAAACUCAAUACCGUACUAUGGGACGCUGGGAAGGUAGACGAAUAUUAGGUUAAAUUAAUUUAACAAUUUGAUCAGUCAAUCAGUGCACAGAUACACACAAACACACACACAUAAGUGAACAGGAUCCCAAAAUGCAAGUUGCAAGUUUUGUACUAUAGUAAGGUUUGCAGAAAUUAUCUGAACAUUUUGAAACCAUUUUCAAAGCUUUAUGUUUUGUGUGCGCUAAGCUGCAUAUUUGGAGGAUAUAGUUAAGAACGAUGGUGGGCAACAUUUAGGUGAAACAAAAAAAAAACUGUGUAAAGUAAAACAAACAGGGAAAACAAAAGAAGUACUAUCCAACACUUUCCGUGCUCUAUUCGUUGUUGUUUAAUGUGACACCUUUUGUAAACCAAUUCCCCGUAACCGUUGUUUUUUGGGAGAGUAUCAUCUCUGUUGGAUGGCGUGUGAUUUCUUCACACUACUGAAUGCAGUGCGAGCGUUGCGAUGAGGCGUUUUAGAGAUCCAGACGUAGGCUUUUCUAGACUUACUACGUUACUAUCAAGCAGCCUGGAUAGUUAGUCCUUAGUACGGGCGGGUUCAGUCCAGAUUAGAGGAAAAAUCGAAAACCCACAGUUCCGAGGCCGCGAAAGGUUCAACACCAUGAGAUCCUUUUAAUUACCAUGCCGUUUAAAUUUGCAAUAGUGUGCAAUUGAUGAUGCUACGCAUUACACCCCACAUCCGUUGGAGAGCGCUCGGUUGAAAUAAAUCGAAAAUAAAUAGACCUAAAAGACGCAAGCGACACGUAUUUAUAAAUCGCGGAGUUAACAAAACAUUCUUAUUGGCAUUAACAGUAAACAAGGCUCCUCCGGUGCUAGUAGUAACUAGAAGCAACAAAAAAACAAAACCUUCAUUACACACAAUCACACACAUACGACGAUACAAAACCAACCAUUUUUCCUUAAUUAGAACACACAACAUAUGGAGAAUAAUUAUUAAAACAGAAACAAAAUAACGUUGCAACUUAUGGAGUGAAUGCAGAACAGCAUUUGUGCGGCAUCGGGUGGUAGCUGCUAGCCGUUUUUCACCAAUUGGCCCAGUGCGUUGGAAUCUUUUUACACGACAGAAAAUGGAAGCAUCGUUCAAGUUGCGCAUGGCGUGCGUGUUUAGUGCACAGCGGGUGUACCACUGGUACAGGCAAGAUGGCACACAACAGACACACAAAAUGCAUGUAUAAUUCUACCAACCACCCGCCACAACAACUACAAACCCAAGAACUAAAUCAAACACGCUGCAGAAAAGUGCUAUAAUUGCGGGAUGUGCGGUGCACCGACGUUCGAAGUUGAAGUCAAUAAAGAGAAACAUGAUACAUUCUGUACAGUUAAA